AAAACCGUUUUGUCGGAUGAUGACACCUCCUGAUGCAGACCACUGAGUUUAUCCCACCGUCUUCGCCGAAAAACCCGAGGGCGUCUCUUACACCUUAGCUACGAGGUGUAGCGCAUUAUUAUGGCCUCUCCAGUCCCGCUUCGGCAGAUCCAACUUCCACUGCGGCGCUCGGUGGCGAGUGCCGUCGCCCUGUCGUCCCGGGGAUAUGCAACCAUUCCCUCGACGUCGGAUGCCCAACGGCAGCAACACCAGCACCAAGAUGCCGCAUCUUCAUCGACAAAUCCCAGCGGCGGGACCAAGCCGCGUCCUACCUACUUCAAAGACACCACCGUAGCUCCCUUCUCCGACUUCCUCGCCUCUCCAUCCUCUCCCCUAUCUCCAAGCGAAGCCUACGCCCCGCGGACGGCGACCGUUGGGCCGGACGGUCGCAAGCGCACCAUCACGCGCCUUCCAGAUUGGCUCAAGACGCCGAUCCCGUCGGCGGGAGCCAACCCCAAUUUCGCCAAGAUCAAAGCCGACCUGCGCGGACUGAACCUGCACACGGUGUGCGAGGAGGCGCGGUGCCCCAACAUCGGCGAGUGCUGGGGCGGCAGCAGCAAGGCGGCCGCAACGGCGACCAUCAUGCUGAUGGGGGACACGUGCACGCGGGGGUGCCGCUUCUGCAGCGUCAAGACGAGCCGCAAGCCGCCGCCGCUCGACCCGCACGAGCCCGAAAACACGGCCGAGGCGCUCGCCCGCUGGGGGCUGGGAUAUGUCGUCCUGACGAGCGUGGACCGUGAUGAUCUCGCCGACGGCGGGGCCCGGCACUUUGCCGAGACCAUCCGGCGCAUCAAGGCCAAGAAGCCUACCCUCCUGGUGGAGGCGCUCACGGGGGAUUUUGGCGGCGACUUGGACAUGGUCAAGAUCGUCGCCGAGAGUGGCCUGGAUGUGUACGCGCACAAUGUCGAAACGGUCGAGGGUCUGACGCCGUAUGUGCGCGACAGGAGAGCGACGUUCAGGCAGAGCUUGAAAGUGCUCGAGCAUGUCAAGGCGGUGAGAGGGAAGGAGGGGAUCAUCACCAAGACGAGUAUCAUGCUGGGUCUCGGUGAGACGGAGGAGGAGAUCUGGGAGACAUUGAGGGAGCUGAGAAAGGUUGACGUUGAUGUCGUCACUUUCGGCCAGUACAUGCGGCCAACUAAGCGUCACCUCAAGGUUGAGCGCUACGUUACGCCUGAAGAGUUCGAGCUUUGGCGGCAACGUGCACUCGAUUUGGGCUUCCUAUACUGCGCCAGUGGCCCUCUGGUACGGUCUUCCUACAAGGCCGGUGAGGCGUUCAUUGAGAACGUCCUGAGAAAGCGCGCAGGUGAGAAGGCCAUGUCGGCAGAGAGUCUCAGCCAGGCACUCGCAGCCGAGGGGGCGAGCAGCAAGGCGCUGUAAAGACCGUUGAGCAGAAAGAAGGAAAGUCUUCAACAUUUCUGGAAUGGCGUUUCACACACCAUCAUACAUGGGAAUAAAUGGAUUGGCUUUGGGCCAC